AUGACCUGUGGUGGUGCUACCUCGCGUGUGGCUACUGUGGCUGCCCUCAGCUGCCUCCUCCUUGCCCUCCUCCUCACUCCGUCUGCCCAGGCUCAGUGCGGUCCCUCGCAGACUGCCCAGAACGAGGGCUGCAGGCUCUGUGCCUACCUCGACUCUCGGGGCAUUCCCACCAUUGGUGUUGGCCUCAACAUCAACGCGCAUCCGGAGGUUCUGGAGCAGUUUGGCCUGACGGCGCAGGAGGUCAUCUCCCGUGGGUUCUCUCACCCGGAGGUGACGUGCGAUGAGACGCCUACGUACGAGCCGCAAAAGUGCCUGACCCGGUCGCAGGUGAUGCAGAUUUUUAACCAGGACACGUACCCGAUCUUCCAGCAGUGUGCCGAGUCGUGGGCGCCGAACCAGCCGCAGGAGGUGGCUGGUGCGCUGACGGACAUGGCAUUCAACAUGGGCUGCGCCGGCUUGGAGCAGUUCACCUCGAUGCGGUCGGCGAUCAUGGCGGGCAACUACCAGCAGGCUGCUACAGAUGCGCGCAACAGCCUCUGGUGCUCGCAGGUCGGCAACCGGUGCGAGAUUGAUGCCCAGUGCAUCGCGUCGGGUGGCUCUGGUCCAUCGCCAACCCCUGCGCCGGCCCCGACUCCGGCUCCGACCCCGGCCCCGACCCCGGCUCCCGGCCCUGCCCCCACGCCGGCCCCCACUCCGACUCCAUCGCCGGUGUCGUCGUCGGGCCGUACCACCUCGUCAACAGGUAACUCGACUUCGUCGGGCCACUCGACCGGCUACUCGUCGACCGGCGGCUCGUCGGGUAACUACACCACCGGUGGAUCUUCGGGCAAGUCGACCGGCUACUCGUCGACCGGCGGCUCGUCGGGUAACUACACCUCGACCGGCUCAACCGGCUCAUCUGGCAAGUCGACCGGCGGCUCAUCGACUGGCGGCUCAUCGACUGGCGGCUCAUCGACUGGCGGCUCAUCAACCGGCGGUUCGUCCACUGGCGGUUCGUCCACUGGCGGUUCGUCCACUGGUGGCUCGUCCACCGGCGGCUCUUCGAGCGGCGGCUCUUCGGGCGGCGGCUCUUCCGGUGGCUCUUCGGGCGGCUCUUCGGGUGGCGGCUCUUCGGGCGGCUCUUCGGGUGGCUCUUCGGGUGGCUAUUCUGGCAUGGCCAGGAUGCGCAUCGAGUAG